ACCAGCUCCCGGAUGCCGAUUCUGGUCAGUCAGUCAGGUGCUGCGGGGCUGCGCGGCCGUUCAUCAGGAGGUUUCCCCUACCGCACCGGAAAUGGCGGUGAGCGGCGGCAGCAGCGCGAAGAGCUGGGCUCGGCUGGAGCCGCACUCCCACAAGAUACCGGCAUGGAAGCUGGAGGUGCUGGAGAGGAAGCGGGCGAAGAUGGCGAGCGCUGCCCUGUCCCGGGGGAAGGACUCGUCUCCUAACCGCAAGACCCGCUCUCUGUCGCGGCAGGGCGGCAGCCCGGAGCGCCUGGUGCUGCAGGACAGCCUGGGGCCGCUCCAUGAGAACCCGUUCAUCAAGCAGGAGAAGGAGCGGCGGCGGCGGCGGCAGGAGCAGCGCUCCCAGGGCAGAGCCACCUCCCCCAUCAGGCACCUGCUGGACAUGUACAGCCACGUCCCGGGCAUGAGGACCAUCCGAGCCGAGAACAUCAUCAUCAUCGAGUCCGACCCCGGCUACUUCACCCACUCCAGCAGUCAGGGCGACCCUGUGGAGGAGCUGCUGGCCAAGAGGGGCAGCAAGGUGGCCGAGAUCCGGGCAUCAGAGGUGGUCAUCUACGAGCCGGAGGUCCCCAACAAGGAACCAUCCAAGAAAGUCAAGGAAGCCCCUAAAAAGGAGCCGCUGGAGCACUCCGAGGUCCUGGAAGAAGCCGGGAGGGUGAGCCGGUUGCUGGAGAAGUUUGACCAUGGCCAUAGUAGACCCGUGAGGUCCAGGAGCUUGGAGAACUUAUUGGAUCGAGACAACAAACCCACCAUAUUGCCAAAGCCUCCGAUCCUUCAGCGUCAAGGUCAAGCCUCCCGGAACAGGUCACCUAAGCGGUCUGGAGAGGUCUCCCCGUCAUCCGCCUCCAUCUUUGAGGAAGACAGUAAGAGGUUUCCCCUCAACAACCCAUCUUGGCUACCUUCCAAGGUGCCCACUUCCCAUUCUCUACCCGACCCAGAUGUGUUUCAUAAAAGACCCUCAAGUCCCAUGACCUCUCCUGUGACAGUCACCCCUCUGUCUCCUUCCUCACCCCUGUCCCCUUACAGUGACAAGCCUCUGUCGCCCAUCGUGGCCACAGUCAGGGAGAAAUUCGAAGACGGGCAUACAACCAACAACGUUCCUCCAUUACCAAAAGCGGUCAAUCUUACCCAAAAGGUUGGCAACAAUACCAUCCUGGUCAAUCCCAAAGCUGUGCCCACUGAUAAGGUGAAGUCUCCCACUGCAGAGCCUAUGAUUGACUGUCCACCGCUUACCAACGGCCAUGUUGACCACUUGGAGAAAACCAUAAAGACGUCUAGUUCUAUCAGUAUUCAAGAUCUCCUGUCCAAGACCAAACGGCCCAAAGGUACCGCUGCUCAGAGGGCACCCGGAGGAAGUGGUCCAGUGCCAUCCAAUGAUUCCAUUAAUGAGAUUCCCAACGGCGCAAACGCUUGGAGGCCAAAAUUUGAGGUGGACCCACCAAAAUCUAAUAGCACCCCUCCCAAAUCCAGUGCCACUUACUUGGAGCACCAAUCCAUCAACCACCACUGUGACCAGGUCUUCACCAGUGCCACUCCAAGCCAGCAGCUGAAAGUGUCCUCUUCCACCAGCGGUAAUGACUCUUUCGAGAUUAGACCUGCUCCAAAGCCGGAUCUCAGCAGCAUCCCAGACGAUGACGUUCAGGCAAAGGCGCUGGCGAACAUUCGAAUGCAGUCCAAAAAUUCUUUUGUCUUUAUCCCAAAGAAGAGGCAGGUCCCUUCUGUAACCCAUCAAGAUGGUAUGGUCCAGUCCAAUGAUAAGCCAAAAGUGCAAAACAGCACUUUUGCCCUUAAUGGCCCCAAAUUAGAUGUCAUGGACUCUCCUAGAAAACAUGGCAUCUGGUCAAAUGAUGUCCACGUUCCGGCAGUCCCCCAAGAAGUUAGGAUGAAUGGGGAUGCCAGUUUAGGUAAGACCAUCAGUUCAGAGACCUUUAAAGCCUCCAGUGUACCCCCAGAUUUUGACUGGAAAAGUGGACUUUUGCCGCCCCGAUCGUCCACCGAAGGUCAGUCGUUUACUGAUCUGGGGGCUGAGCUUGAAUAUUUAAGUAGUGUGCAGGAAGGACAUGGGGUGGGUGUAUCGGCCGAAGUCCCGGUGACAAAAAUACACGAGGACGUGGCGAAACAUGACAUACCGGUCACCAACAUAGAUGAUGUAGUCACGGUAGAAGACAAGGAGGUCAACAAAGAGACCAAACCGUCCUCUAAAGUAGAGGAGCCUCCCUAUAGGCCGCCACAUUCUGCCGUGUCCUCCAUCCGCAGUAAAGGAGGCAAUACCUUCACGGUGGUACCUAAGAGGAAACCGGUCACAGAGCAGGAGGCUUUCCGGACCCCCGUGGUGGAGGAAGAUGAGGAGGAUGACCCUAGGUCUAAAAGAAAGUCUUCAGAUGGAUCUGAGGCUCCUUACUCGGUACUAGGAGCUUUGCUGAAAAAACGCUAUCCGACUGCGGACGAAAUCAAGGUCAUUGGUGGAUAUCAGUCGCUGUCCAAGUCCUGUCUGUCCAAGAUUGGCUCCACGAGGAAAAAGAUGAAGAUCUCCUUCAAUGAGCAGAACAUCCACACCAUGUUUGAGUACCCGUCUGAGACCUCGGUGGCUGAGGAGAUGGGAGGUGUCGAGGUCAAUGACGCGUCCGGCUCAGAAUCUGAGGAAGACGAUAAACCUUCUGGUCUGUUUCUCCCUCGGGCAAAGUUUGUGAGCACCGGUGCAGCCAGCAACUCUGCAAACUCAGGUCUCUCUAAUUACACCCCGAAGCACUCGGUGGAGUACAGCACAUGGCAGGACGAGACGUCUCAGGGGGACUCCACAACUGAAGACCUCAGCACACCGAGCCAAGACAUGCUCACGCCAGCCGACAGCAACUCUCACACGGACUUCCGAAGCGAGCCGGCGCUCUACUUCUAACCACGGAGGACGGUCAGAUAUAACCGGACUGUGGUCACUGCCCUGACGUCUGUCCUCAGCAAUGGCGCCCGUGCCGCAAAGCAUCCUGGGAACGGACUUCAGUCUCGCUGUGGGGCUACCAAAAAAAAUAAAAAAUUUAAAUAGCGCGCUUACAAUAUUGGCUGAUCUAUGAAAUACGCCAUAUACGUAAGUGUAGCAGCUGGUGUGCUGCCUGCGGGGGGCGCUCUGUUAAUUAUAUUAAUUAAAGAGCCCUCCAAGUGAUUAAUCCUGUGUCCCCGCACCUUUUGAGGGGGAGGAAUGACCGUGGGGUGCGUCUUGAAGACGUCUUAGUUGUCUGCGUAUGUAAGUAACCAUGCCUUAGGGCAGUGGCUGGAAAACUACAACUCCCAGCAUGCCCUGACAACCGCAAGCUGUCGGGGCCUGCUGGGAGUUGUGGUGUUUCCAUCUGCUGGAGAGCCACAGGUAGGGCAGUGUGUGAUCGAAAAUGAUGACUGGUGAACUUUAUGAAUUUUUGGGGGAAAGUUCGGUGUAGAUUCUGGGGUCCAAAGGCUAAAAUUGGCGGCUGAUGAAAACUUUAUCGAUCAGGUUUAAUCAGUAUUUCCACCUUAAAAAAAAAAAAAAAUUCCACCUUAAUAAAUUCAACAGUCCUUUACAGUC